AUGAAGCGAGACAAGGUAUUUGGCAUCCUGAUGGCCAAGGUCGCAGAAGCUGAGACGCGUGGCCUGGCUCCUAGACACUUGGAGCGGCUGGAGAUACUGCUGCCCAAGCAUGUGGAUCUGUUCCGAGAAGACCUGGGCGACCACGCGCUCGUCCAGGUGUAUCCGUUGAAGGUGCGCAUCAAACCCAACUCGGUGCCUGUCAAGUGUGGCAUGCGGCGCUAUUCGCCGGCGCAUGUCGAAUACAUGCGGGAGCAUGUCGCUGCUCUUCGAGCCAACAGCAUGGUUUAUUUGAACAACCGAUCGACGUGGGCCGCUGCUCCACGGAUCGUGCCCAAGAAGGAAGCAGGAGCGUUACGCAUGACUAUCGACAGUCGGCCUAUGAACGCCUGCACCGAGCCGAUGCCAAACCUGGACAGCGCCAUGGUGUGCCUCGUCGGCGUGACGGUCUACUUCACGUUGGACUGUACCGAAGGAGAAGAACUCCUUCAUGACUCCGUUUGGUGUGUACACCCCGACCCGGUUAUUGAUGGGUCAGACUGA